AUGACAUACUCUUUCACGAGCGUUGCUUUGCUCUGCUGUGCUGCACUGACAGUUGCAGUUCCAGCUCGACGAGCCAGCAGUGCGUACGCACCCGUCGGAGCUCCUUGUCCAGCCCAGCAACUCGUGCGUCAAGCCGACGGCGUGUCCUCUGCCGAGUCUGAUUGGGUCGCCAACCGUUACGGGAAAACAUCAGAAGCUCUCGCCACGUGGUUGCAGAAUAUCGACUCCGGCUUCGAGAUCAGCUCUGGUCACUGGCGCGACUGGCAUGGCAAGCGACAGUGGAGUGAUCACGGAUCGCAUGGUCAGGCCCCGAUCAUUGGUCUGACCAGCAGUGGUGGUGGUUACCGUGCCCAGCUAUCAGGUGCUGGCGUUGUUAAAGCGUUCGAUGGUCGCGAGGCUAACACCACGAAGGUCAGUGGCUUGUAUCAGGCUUUGACUUACCAUGCUGGCCUCUCUGGUGGAUCCUGGCUGCUGUCGUCCAUUGUUGGCAACAAUUAUCCAACGAUCUCGUUCCUGCAGACCACACUGUGGGAGACAGCAUUGCAGGAGAGCCUUUUGGUUCCCGCAAUCCUAGUCUCUGAGGCUGCUCGACCGAUCUAUGGUCAAGUGGUGGACCAGAUCCAAGCCAAAGUAGCUGACGGAUAUCAAUCUUCGAUAGUCGACCCUUGGGGCAGGUUGUUGUCUUACGGACUCUUGCUCGGCACAGCUGGAGGCGUGCAAGACACUAUGAGCGGUAUAAGCGCUUUGCCGAACUUCACAUCCUUCAAUGGCCCGUAUCCUAUCAUCACAGCCCUUGGGUCGGACCUGAACAUUGACGGUACCUGCAUUCCACAGGUCAAUGCUACUCAGUAUGAGUUCCAUCCGUACGAGUUCGGGUCCUGGGACCAGGGUGUCGACGCAUUCGUGGUCACAGAAUAUCUCGGUACAAGGUUUUCUGGAGGCGUUCCCGUUGGCAAUUGUAUCACCCACUACGACCAGCUGGGCUACGUCCUUGGAACCUCAUCCAAUGUGUUCGCCGCGGUGUGCAGUGCAAUACCCGCGAACAUGACUGCCGCAGCGACUGCAGUCUCGUUAGCCGAAAACCUCGCUUACCUAGCCAAUCCCGGGGCGCAGGGAAUUUCCGAGGACCAGAUCUUCGGGCUAUGGCCCAACCCCUUCCAAGGCUACGGACCAUCAUCUCAUGUCGCGGCCCAGAAGACACUUGACCUCGUUGACGGAGGCGUCGGUGUCGGCUUUCAAGGCAACCCCAUAUGGCCGUUUUUGCAUCGCGACCAGGUAGAUGUCCUCAUUGUCAAUGAGAACUCAGCAGAUACCGUCGGAAACUACCCCAAUGGCAGCGAGAUCUACAACACAUACCUAGCCGCAAAGGCAGCUGGGCUAAGCCGUAUGCCUGAGAUCCCCACUGCGGAUGUGUUUGUCGCUCAUGGCUUGAACAAGAAGCCGACAUUCUUUGGUUGCAAUUCGGCCGAUACAUUGACCAUCAUCGACAUCCCGAACGUCAAUUAUACUUUCAACAGUGGUGAGCCGACAGCUAAGAUCCAGUACUUCAAGAAUGAGACCGAGGCAAUGAUCUCGAACGGUGUGUUGAUAGGAAAUUAUGGUGGUAAGGAAGAUUGGCCACUGUGCUUGGCUUGUGGGAUCAUGAAGAAGUCUGGUGGCAGUCUGCCGAGCGGCUGUGAGGCUUGCUUCGCGGAGUAUUGCUAUAAUUGA